CUCCGGUCCAGCCAAUCACAGGCCGGAUGAGCUGCGGAGGGCGGGGCGGACUCACCACGCUUCCGUGCAUAAAUGAAGGAAAAGCUGUGCAGCUGGCCGUAACGUACACUUCUACUACACAUUUAAACUUCGCAGGGACACGCCGAAACGCCAACAUGUCUGACAAGAAGGCGGUGAUCAAGAAUGCAGAUAUGUCUGAUGAAAUGCAGCAGGAUGCAGUGGACUGUGCCAUGCAGGCGAUGGAAAAGUACAAUAUUGAGAAGGACAUCGCCGCGUAUGUCAAAAAGGAGUUUGACAAGAAGUACAACCCCACAUGGCACUGCAUUGUUGGGAGGAACUUUGGCAGCUACGUGACGCACGAGACAAAGCAUUUUAUCUACUUCUACCUGGGUCAAGUGGCCAUUCUACUCUUCAAGUCAGGCUGAAACACAACACUACUUUUCAUUCAGCUCCCAGUACUUCUGUGCCACACUGUACAUCUGCUACCACCUUUCUACAGACAUGCCUACCUCCUGGCUUCCUGCUUUCUUCAAUCCAUUACUUUUUGCCACCUGCAGCACCGUUGCCUUUGGUGAACGGUGCAUCAGUCAUGCCUGGACUGAUGAGUCAUUCAUAAAAAAAGGCUCAUAUGAAACUACUCUUCAUGAUGUCACUCGGUCAGCAUUUGCACAUCUGAUAAACUCGGUUACUUCUCAUUUCUCCUUUACUUUUCCUGCGCAUUGUUGCACAGGUCUGUACAUUUUUUCCAAGUGGAUCUGUGGUAUGAUAACUUAUUUUCAUUCAAUUAAAACGAGCAACAGAGUUUUUGUUAAAAUGCCUUUAAUUUUAAGUGUCAACUAAUAGACGAAAAAUGCCAAGACUGUUGCUUACACUAAAUAAAGAAUACAACAUGCUAUGAGAUUUAGGGUUUUGUACAUGCUUGAACAUUCCUGUUUACACUUGAGUUGUGAAUAUUCACAGUGUUGCUGCUGUGUAUCUCUGCGAUGUAAUUCAGUGUGCAAUCUAGUAUUGUGAUAUUUUCAUCAUGUUGAGCACAAAAACAACUUUGAGACAGUAAAUUGGUUCAAAAUG